AUGUUACCUGGUAUCUUCCUCGUGUCCUGCCCGUGCCUACCCAGUGUCUUCCUCUGUUUGAUCCCCGGGGCAGCGAUGGACAGAGUCAGCCUGCUGUGGCGCAUGAGGCGUCGGGCUCGUCGUGGAGUUCUCUGCAUGGCCUUCUUCUGCAUCUCCAUGGCUCUGCUCUACGCCAUCUGUGCUGAAAACAGCGUGCCUGUCACCGACGCCAUCUUUGGGGUCCGGGCGCGAACCCGAGCUCAGCCUCGUGCACACUCUGUCAUCAAGGUUCUGCGAGGCGGCGCCAAGCCCAUGUACAUCGACCCCCAGAAGCUCCCAGGUGUCGUCCCAGGUGACCCUCACCGUCCAAUCCCUGUCCUCUCCUCUCCAAACCAGACCCACGAAGCUGUUGACUCGUCGUCAAAGCGGAAGCCAAAAGAGCGGGAGCCCGCCGGGUUUUUUUCUCGCCUGCUGCCACGCCCCUUCACUCGAGCGCUGGAGACCCUGUUUGGAGGCCGGCGGAGGGGAGAACCAAGUGGCAGAGGGGGGGACGCGGAGUUCUUCGGGCCUCAUGGGCUUUUGGGAGAGGUGUGGGAUGACGAGAUGUCCAGUAGCAUGCUUGGUAGCAGACUGAGGAAGGUGGUGCAGAAUUAUCAGGCAAUGAAUAAGUACGGAGUCGAGUUCUCCGGUCCUGGCGGUGUGUCCAGCAGGCCCAAGCUGAGCGGUCCCAAGCUUCUCUGCCAGCUGAAGGACAACGUAGAGGUUUCGACUUUGACCUCUGACCUCCAGCCAUUCUCGUCGCUGUCCUGGGCCGCACAGCUGCCACCGAAUCCCCUGACCUCUGACCUCGGGCCGUACAGGAGCUGCGCUGUGGUGUCGUCUGCAGGGUCGCUCCGCUACUCUGGACUUGGCAAAGAGAUAGACUCCCAUGAUGCAGUGCUGCGCUUCAAUGCCGCGCCGACCACCGGCUACGAGAAGGAUGUCGGCUCUAAAACCACAAUCCGUCUAAUCAACUCGCAGGUGAUGGCGUCUGAUGACCAUCGUUUCCUGUCGAGCUCUCUGUACAGCUCAGGUGCUCUGGUGGCCUGGGAUCCCGCCCCCUUCUCUGCUGACCUCACUCAGUGGUACAACAGGACAGACUACCCCAUCUUCACCCAGUACCAGAGAUACAGGAGGCUUCAUCCUAUGCAGCCCUUCUACAUCCUGCAUCCUCGCUUUGAGUGGCAGGUCUGGCAACGAAUACAAGACAACAUGGCUGAGCCUAUCCAGAAGAACCCGCCCUCUUCCGGCCUGCUCGGCACCAUCCUGAUGAUGUCGCUGUGCGAGGUGGUGCAUGUUUACGAGUUCCUGCCGUCCCGCAGGAAGACGGAGCUCUGCCAUUACUACCAGCGUUUCUACGAUGCCGCCUGCACGCUGGGCGCCUACCACCCUCUGCUAUAUGAGAAGAACCUGGUUAAACGGAUGAACCAGGGGUCUGACCACGACAUCUACACCCAUGGACGUGUCACGCUGCCUGGGUUCAGACAACUGAACUGCACUCAAGCUACUGGAGAUGUACGCAACCACUGACUGGGAAAUACAGAAGGAAAGCACACACACACACACACACACACACACACACACACAUAGAUGCGAAGCAGAAACCUGCAUGAAGACACGUAAACAUGAGGACAGACGCAUGAACAUUUCAUUCUCACUGCAGAAAAGGAACGCUGUGCUACUCACUUUAAAUAUUACAUAUUACUCUAGGCUGUAAACGCACACGCACACAGGAGUCCAAUCAACAGUUAGAUGUGCCUGCUGUUCAUACAUACAUAUCCCUAUAAGGACGAUCCAAUGAUAAUCCCUGCUCAUCCACAGGACCAACCCUUAAAAGAGACCAUACCGCUGAUUUAACCUUCAAGAAAAAUACAUAAGCCAAGUAUUUUCCAAAGCAUACUUGCAGGUUUUAGAUGUCUCCUGCACACUGGCGGUUUAUUUAUGGAAUAGCUACGUUUCAGAAAACAACUGACCAGAAGCACGAUUUAUAAACAUAAAUACAUGCUCAGAAAAGACUAAACAAUUAACGAUCCAUUAGAGAGAAGAGAGAGAGAAUUAAUCAAAUAUACCCAAAACUAUUUAAAGAUGACAGUUAAAAUCAGCUGUAUGGUCCUUUAAUCUCAUUUUCAUCGUCCUUCUUAACCAAACCAAAGUCUCAAACUGACCCGCUGAAGAAGUUUAGAAUCGUCCAAACAGACCUCAAUAAUUACAUAACCGCACACAGACCUGUACAGAGAGGGCCUUUACCUAUUGUGUAUAUACUGUAACAUAUUCCACGUGAGGCGCUGCGCUCAGCCCUUCAUUUACAUCUGGCACUUUGAAACCUUUAGCUCGACUGUCCUGAACGAAGCUGCGGAAUCAUCUAGUUUUUUCUUUGUUUGGUGAUAAGAGACUAGAUCAGUUUCUGGAUCAGUUUUUCACUGCCGACACCGCUUUCCUAACAUCCGAUCACACUGAGGACCAAUCUGACUAAGUGCUGUCACUCAGCUCAGUUUAAAAUGAGUCUUAGUACAAUCAUAUGGCACUUGUGCGUGUGAAUAAGACGGAAAAUACGGCUGCUUUGCUUUGAUUCAGACGUGUUUCCUGUGACUUGGAUUUUAGUUUUGGGAUUGUUUUACGGCUCUAUUUUCAGGGCUUGAAAAACACUUCUUCAAGCAGCAGGAUGUCUUGGUGUGAAGUCAGCAGUAUCCUCCAAAUUGUAUUUGUUCUCAGACUUUACUCGCUGUGUUAAGUAGUAUCUAUGUGCGUGAGUCACAGUAAGAGUAUGGCCACAUUUGAUUGGUGAUUAGCUCAACAUAGCUCUUAAACAAGCGCGACCAUGUGAAUAAGUAGUUGUCUGAAGGUGUAUUGUCCUCGUGCUGCUGGUCUGUUUUUGCUAAGCAAAGACACACACACACACUCUGGACUGCACCUUUUAAGAAACCAGUGGUCCGGUGGUCAGAGAGCUGAUGAAUGUCUCUACAUGACACACACAUACCUGCACACACACCUCACUUAAUAUAUUUAUUUAGGAGAAUACUGCCUGCAGACUUAACUCCUUAUCUUAACAGUGAUCCAGUAAGAAACUGACGUUAAACAAAAGGUUUUGUACCUACAUUGUCAAACCUGUAACAUGUUCCCAGUAGUCUUUUUAUAAUUCUUAUAUAGUGUAUAUAUUAUAGCAGUAAUACCCAGGAGGCAGGUCUUUAAUGUGAUUAAGUGACUCAGCCAUGUGAGGCAGAACUAGAGUUUUAUUUCUACGAAUAUAUAAUUCAUAAACUUGUGCUCCCUCAAUGUCUUGCACGAAGGAAUUUGUGUCUGGUGGGACGUAAAGAAAUGUUAGAAGUUACUUCCUUUUUUAUUAGAAAAUGAGUAUAUAUAAUGUACCUUUGCUAUACUGUAUAUAGGUUGUCAUCCGGCUGCAUUUGAGGUCUUUAAAGGAACCGUUUGUUGCUUUGCUGAAAGUCAGAUUAGAAGAUUGAUACCACUUACAUGUCUGUACGCUAAAGAAGUAGCACACACUAAUUCUUAACACAAUUCUGGGAGGUUAUGUGAUGGUUCCAGGCUUUAUGCUAAUCCAAGAUAACCCACCUGCUGGCUCUUGCUUCAUAUUAAAUGGACUAACAUUAGAGUGGUAUCAAUAUUCUUAUCGAACUCUAUUUCUUCCUCAAAGAAAAGGUUUGCGCUAGCACCAACACGGCACAAAAGUGGCUUAUUAUAGCCAAGAAGUUAUUCCUUUUAGGUAACGUUGGAAGUUGUUUGGGACAAUCUUGAUGCUAAUUGUGCUUCCAUUGGUUUAAUCUUGACUCUUUGGAGGCACAAAUAUUUUCUCUGACUAAUUUAAACUGUUUUUUUCUCAAGCUCGGUUACUAGUUUCUGAAAAUGACCCGAGUUAAGGGAGAAGAAACCUAAUAUCGUAAAGAUAAAAUGCAACAGACCUUAGAUAUCAAAUGUAGUCUGUUGGCCUCGCUGAUCGAGCAAGAACUAGUCCUAUAAACGUGCAGCUAUAAUCUAGUUAGCUAGCCUGUUGACCUUCAAAGACAGAGUGUCACGGUUGUAAACUAAUAAAAAAAGGAACUUUGACUAGAAUGUUCUUCUUUGCUGUUCAUAUUUUGAGUCUGAAAAAUGUUUCUGGAGCUAAAACUCUGUUCACACAUGUGCAUUGCUGUUGUAAUCAAGUAUUAAUCUCAGUAGGGAGCGGCUUUAAGGGUAUUUUGACUUUUAUUCAGCAUGUGUACCAUAAAUAAAGGUUUUCUCCAGAGUAGUGUAGCAACAGGAGAAACACUCUACAUCUCUAAACAGAGAAAUCUUCCGCAUGGCACGAAUUCUGCUUUUUAUCCCAUAAUUUCUCUUCACUGAACGCGAUGUAAAACAUGCGUAUUGUUAUUAGCAUCAUCACAUGUGAGCCAGCUCAUUAGCAUGCAAACAAAGAUAAUGAGCCUGGAUUAGUGUUACGCUCCCUGGAGGAUAGAUGUGUCCAAAAUAUUUGAUUUUGCAUAAUAAAUAAAUAACCUUAUCUUACAGCAGACAAGUAAAACACACCUUUUUAAAGGUGACCAUGUCAAAAUGUUUUGUACUUUGAUUAAUUUCUAAGGAAUUUGCACCACAUUUUAAUCUGGUGUAGUGUGAGUUAAUGGUACGCACAUUUUAUUUACCCUUUCUGCACUAAAACAACUUGUUGUUUGCUCACACUGAACGUAAAAACAUAAAAAUGUUGACAUAAAAACAGAAAGGCAGCGUUGCUCUGUGUGAUUGUACAGUUUUUGAAUUGCUGGAAGAUGAGGACAAGAGCCAGAUUUCCAAUGUAAUGCUCGUUUCCAUCCACUCCGUGAAUAUUAGGCGUUGGGUGCAUCGAGAUAAACAGUUGGUGUAUGACUUAUUAUUCAAAUUUCCAAUUAUGUUUUUUAAUGGACAAAUUAAAAAUGUACAUGUAAACAGGUGGAUGGAAACAAACUACGACUGCUAUAACGCUUAACAAAUUAAAAUGUUGUGCUCACAUGGUGCACACUUCUAAAAUAAAGAUGUGUUUAAUCAAAUGACCACAAACCUGCGACAUGGUGGUGUUAAUCCAGCAGGAGUACUGGUUGGAUUACCAUUUCGGGACAAAUAUAUGACACCACAGAUUUUCAGACGAACCCUUUUCAGGUCAAUAUGGCGAAUGUUUUGGGUGUCACCUCGACACGACACUAAAUGGCUCCGCUAUUGUUUUUCUAAUAAGUUCCGUUUCAUGUUUUUGCCAGAAGUGUAAUGUUUAUUCAGGAGGUUGAACUCUUGUUCCAACUCCUGCUCAUUUAACUUGCGUGAAACCUUUUGACAUUUGUAUUUAAGAUCACAGAUAUUCCUCUGCCAUUGUUAAGCUGUUACCUGUGGUUUCAUGGGGUUGAUUGUAUUUGUUAUUUCCUUACUAUUUUUCCUCCGGUCGUACUCGAGUCUUUACACCUAAUGUGAGAACAAAAGAAAAACUAUUUCUACCCUAAGAAACAUACAUAACAUUUUAUAAGCAUUUCUUAUUAAAUGUUUUUGUUCCUUUUGAGUUCAGUUUUGCUUUAAUUUUCAAGAACUAAAAGUGUAAAUGCCAAAUGUACAGUUUGCUUUGGUCCAGACGGAAAUAUCUCAACAACAAUUGGAUGAAUUGUGAUGAAAUGUAAUAACUUUGGUGAUCCUCUGAACAUGUUUAAAUAAAACGAUAUGAGAAGAAAUGAAUUGUUUAGUUGCACACAGAUUUAACAUCCACACAGGCUUAAAAGCACACUUCACGCUGCUUCUCUGAUUUCAUAAGAGUAUAUUUUUAAUCCUGCAUGUAUUAGACUCAGUUUACAAAACCAAUGCCGUGAAUGUUAAAGUCAAGCUUCUGUUGAAUGAAUUAUUAUUAUCAUUAUUAUUAUUAUUAUUAAUGUUGUAUUUUGAGGAUUCCUCAUUGUGUUAAAACCACUGUCAGUGAACUGUUUACAUGAUGUUUGGUUCAUGACUUUACGUGUCAUGUCAGCCAUUUUAUCUGUGUGUGAGCAGGAGGUUGUGACAAUCACAUGUCUGGAUGUUGGGAUGAAGUAAAUAUAUGUAUUUAAAACUUUAAAACUGAGGCAAUCGAUCAAUAAAGAACUGACAACAGA